AUGGCCCCGGGUCUUCCAUGGCCCCGUUUUAGCAAGCCAAAGAGACGGUCGCCCACUCGCGAUGAACAUCCUCGAGAUCAACCACCUGUCACGGAACCAGGAAAUGAAUAUGAGCGCAAGCCAAGAUACAAAACUCGGAAAGAUCGGUACGAGUACAAGACAACAGGCUCUUCGAACAAGAAGCCAUCGAAUGCAGACAAACAUAAGACCAAAAGACAACGCCGAAGCCGGAAGCAAACCAUGAACGAUGGGUUUCAUGCAUCCAAUGUUGCUCGGAACAGACUGACGUUGGGAAUCUUCAACCGGGGCAGAGCAUCGUACCCCGUCAAACUUGGCGAUGUUUACAACUUCCCUUUGUCCGAAACAAACCUCCUAUCGCCGAAGGGAGCAAGGAAUACGUUAGAACCCAUAGCCGCCCUCAAUCAGCCAAGCAAGCAGAAGGAAGCAAGCUGUGUCCAGGAAUUGUUCAAUUGUCAAAACAAUGAUAUACCUGAGCAACGGGAUGUGGGUGCAACUGAUGCAGGCCCUCGGGGUCCCAUGCGGUACCUAGGUGGUAGAAAGUGGGUUGACGUUACGAGCCCCCACUAUGGGCUUUCAUCCAGCAAGAUAUCGGGUCUCGACGCACUGAAGGAAUUGUCCAUUGACGGUGAUGCGAAACGGGGCCCUGACCACCAGAUAGCAGUGGCUGUUCACGGAAGCCAGUCCGCUACGCCAUUUACAUGGUCUGAGAGUGACUGGGCAAUGGCAUCGCUCGAUCCGGUUAUGGAGGAUCCUUUGCUUAACAUUCUACAGGUUGGCAUAUUUUCGACGCCCCAGCCUGGCCCGGACAGAUGCGAUGACUCGAAAUAUUACUACACUCUUCAAGACUUGAAGAAACUUAUGGAUGCCCGCAAGGCGACCUGGCAAGCGAAAGCCUGUGAUAUUCAAGCAGCUUUUCGGCGAGCUUCCAGCCUCAAUCUCCCGCCAGAGCCCCCCGCACAAACCCCGGAUAUUCUCAAAAGCGGCGUAUCCAGAGGCUCAAUAUCAUCGCUCAAUAUCACACCAGGGGAGAGAAAAGGAAGUUUGGCGCUCAGAAAAAGCCCUGAGCAAGAUGUCUUUUGCGGCUGGCAAUAUCAGCGUGAUUGCAACGACAGAGCCCCCGACAAUCUCUCUCCAUAUGAGAUUCCACAUGUGGCUCAUCCCGAUAUGAGUGAUGAUGUCUUCUUUCGUGCUGUGCAUGCAGAAUUUUGUGCGAUUAUGAAACCUUCAAGUGGUGACCUGACGCCUUCUCGGCAGAGCCCCGAAGGACAUCACGCUCCGCAGAAAGUAUUCGUCUAUCAACACGCAGAUGUCUGUUCCUUACCACCGGCCAGACAAGCCAUAUCGCAUUACGGCCCAAUCGACCCACUACUCUAUGAAGACAUUGGCUCUGGGAUUCCACACUCUACAUCACACCCUACUCAUUGUCACGAUGCACAAGCAGGUCUUGUAAAAUGUUCAAGUAGCGGCCAAUUGUUACCCAUGCUACCCACGAGUGAAGUAUGCACUGAGCAAAUUCCAGAUUACGCGCGCGAGAUCAGGUCGAGGCAGCCGCUUUUUUCAUCGGCAGGCCCACCGGUCCAGAGCCAUGCCGCAUUGCCACCUGGGUUUUGGCGCCAGAACAAACUAUACUGA